CUGUGGUGGACAACCGGUCUAGGGACUUUUUUACGUUAACACCGACACGAAGAUAUUCCGAAUCUUAAAAAUGGCCGAAGAUGGCCAAAAUUUCGGCAUUUUACAAGAUUUACAAGUUCAUUUACGCACAGCUAAAAUCCCUGUCGAAAAUCUAUCAACAUUAGCACAAGAGGGAGAUGAGCAGAAAGAUCAAAAAUAUGUCUUGGAUCCUGAAAGUCUGAAGUUGAUAGAGCAGUUUUUAACAGAGAAUAUUAAAUUAGAAGGCAAUGGUCCAGAUGUUACACAAAGCCAAUUAUACAUAGCUUGUUUUUGGGGCAUUCGAGAUAUAGUAGAUCAGUUACUAAGAAACAAAACAGAUGUAAAUAGAAGGAAUAACAUAACAUUAUGGACACCACUUCAUGCUGCCACAUUCCAGGAAUAUGGUCCAAUUGUUAUGUUGUUGUUAGAAUAUGGUGCUAAACCAGACAGCCCUGACUCAGUUGGCAGGACUCCGAUAGAUUUUGCCUCGGCGUCAGAUAAGAUAUGGCCACAUUUUGCCGCAAUUGGUUGUAAACGGGUUUCACGUGCAGAACUUAUAGAGAAAAGAGUACUCAGACCUACUUCUAGUCAAUCAGCAGUUAGGAAAAUGAGGGUCCCUGGUCAGGGUAUACAAAUGGCUUCUUACGAUAGGGCAGAAUCCAAGUAUGAAUAUAACAGUGAUCCAUUUAUACAUGCAGCUGUCACAGGUGACGUGUUAGCUGACCAAAGUGAAAGCUCGGCUCCCAGUUCAACGUCCAAUAUUCCUCAGUUUUCAAUGUGGAGAUGAUGGGGGAUCUAGACUUAUACAAUAGAACACUUCUUCAUCCUCUAGAUAUCCUAAAAUCUUAUUUUAAAGAUAAAACUCUCCAAGAGAAAAAUCUUAUCAAUUUUAGAUAAGAAAACUUCUGUUAUUGUUUAACACAGUAAUGAUUUAUGUAGUGGACGACAUGAUUCUCAAAAUGUUGAGGGCUUGUCACUAUGAUGUCUAAAAGUGUUCUUCAUAAGUUAUACAAGUAAUUGUGAAUUGAACCUUGAAAUGUUAAAUCCUUGAAAUAGGAAUUUUUGGUUUUCUUUGAUACAUGUACAACAAAUCAUUUAUGAUUUGUUAGGGUGAAAAAUAUAUAAUUUCUAUGAAUAAGGAUAAUUUAGCAAAAAUGGAAUCUUCUCUAAUGGAAUCUACUCAAAAUGCUUUUCAUUUAUCAUGUAAUUAAACUAAUUUGUUUUGAAUUAUUGUUGUGACAGUUGACUUAUUACAUUUGAAAAUGAAAUACCCUUUCUUUCCAUUUAAUUUCAGUAGACAAAUAUCAAAUCAUAAACAAAAUUGCAUCUUGUAAAGCCAUGACAAUGCUUUCAACUGUAUUUACUUAAUAAGUGUCGGUAUUAUUGUUUUCCCUUUUGAAAUAUAUCUGAAAAUCAAUAUUGGAUCUGAGUGAAAUAUGGAAUUUUGGUCCCUGUUC